GUUAAUAUCUUUUCUUAUCCCUCUAUUCAGUAGCCUUUAGCUUAAAAAAAAACAGCAAAAAAAAAUGAGUUGUUGUUUGAAUCAUUUACCUGCAAUUACUUUGAAAAAUGGUUCAGUAAACAGAAUUUCUAAAAGGGUUUCUUGUUCUAUGUUGAACACAAGAGCUAUGGCUAAAGAAUUGUACUUUAAUCAUGAUGGUUCUACAACAAAGAAGCUUUUGGCAGGUGUGGAUUUGGUGGCAGAGCUGGUUGGUGUAACUUUGGGUCCAAAAGGAAGAAAUGUAGUUCUUGGAAAUAAGUAUGGUCCUCCAAAGAUUGUUAAUGAUGGUGAAACUGUUCUUAAAGAGAUUCAGCUGGACGAUCCUCUGGAAUAUGUCGGAGUAAAGUUGGUUAGAGAAGCCGGUGCCAAGACUAAUAAUCUUGCUGGCGAUGGUUGCACAACAUCUAUAGUGCUUGCUCGAGGUCUGAUUGCUGAAGGUGUCAAGGUUACUGCAAUGGGCGCAAAUGUUGUCCAAGUGUCUCGUGGAAUUGAGAAAACUGCUAAAGCCCUCAUUUCUGAGCUCAAGUUGAUGUCCAGAGAGGUUGAGGAUCACGAGUUGGAAGAUGUUGCGGCUGUUAGUGCUGGCAAUGAUUAUGCCAUCGGGAACAUGAUUUCAGAAGCUCUUAGGCAGGUUGGAAGAGAAGGAGUUGUCACAAUUGAGAAAGGGAACUCUACUAAAACCAAUCUAGAAGUUGUCGAAGGAAUGCAGUUUGAUCGUGGCUAUUUGUCACCUUAUUUUGUAACUGAUCGACGAAAGAGGAUUGCGGAGCUUCACGAUUGUAAGUUGCUUUUGGUUGAUAAAAAAAUUUCAAACCCGAAGGAGUUGGUAAAAAUUUUGGACAAUGCAGUAAAGGAGAAAUACCCGGUUUUGAUAAUCGCAGAGGGCAUUGAACAAGAUGCUCUGGCUCCAGUGAUUAGGAACAAGCUCAGGGGUGUCCUAAAGGUAGCUGCAAUAAAAGCUCCAUCUUUCGGGGAGCGCAAGAGUCAUUGCUUAGAUGACAUCGCUAUCUUGACUGGAGGAACUGUGAUCAGAGAUGACAUGGGGUUGACUCUCGAAAAUGCCCACAAGGACUUGUUGGGCAGUGCUUCAAAGGUGGUGAUUACGAAAGACUCUACACUGAUAGUUACUGACGGAAAUACACGAACAGCUGUUUCAAAGAGAGUUUCUCAGAUACAAAAUCUCAUUGAGAACACAGAAGAAAAAUUCCAAAAGAAAAUCUUGAACGAAAGAAUUGCAAGAUUAUCCGGUGGUAUUGCCAUCAUUCAGGUGGGAGCACAAACACAGGUUGAGUUGAAAGACAAACAACUAAGGAUUGAGGAUGCCCUAAAUGCAGCUCGGGCUGCUACAGAGGAAGGAGUAGUAGUGGGCGGUGGCUGUUGUCUACUGAGACUAUCAUCAAAGGUGGAUGCUAUCAAAGAAAUGUUGGACAAUGAGGAUCAGAAGAUAGGAGCUGAUAUUUUCAAAAGAGCACUAUCCUAUCCGGCAAAACAGAUAGCAAAGAAUGCUGGUGUAAAUGGGAGCAUUGUUGUAGAGAAGAUUUUGUCAGUCGAUGACAUGAAAUAUGGAUAUAAUGCUGCAAGAGACAGAUAUGAAGAUCUGAUGGCUGCCAAAAUUUUGGAUCCUACAAAGGUUGUUAGAUGUUGCCUAGAGCAUGCAGCCGCAGUUGCCAAGACCUUCCUGAUAUCAGAUGCUGUUGUUAUUGACAUCCCCGAACCAGUAUCUAGACAAAUAAGACCACCACCACCACCAAUGCCAACUUCAGGUCCAAGGCUCUCUGGUCUAUCAGGUCUUAAGGCAACUGGUCUUUAGUUCAGACAUGAAGGAGAUAUAGCUAAUUAUUUUGCUGGGAGCAAAAGAAGGUACUACUAGCUCAUCAUAGCGAUGCGAUCUUCUAACAAUUUCUUCCAUGAUUGCUGACGAAAACCUCAACCGUGAAGAAGAAAAAAAAUUGAUCAUUUUCACCAUCAAGUGACAGAUUUGAGUUCCGCAUAUCUCUAAAAGAACAGAUCGGAU